AUGAAAGGCGCAUCCUUUAGUCCAGUCAAGGACAUCCCGUCGUUGGCAGGAAAAGUCUUCUUAAUCACAGGAGGCAAUGUCGGAAUUGGCAAACAAUGCGCUCUAGACCUCGCAAAGCACAAUCCAGCUCAGAUCUGGAUCGCAGCUCGUAAUUCUCAGACUGGUCAGGCAGCGGUCACAGAGAUCAAGACCAGCUCACCAGGAGUUUCUGUUCAAUUCCUGGAAAUGGAUCUCAGCUCAUUCGGAUCGGUCAAGAACGGAGCAAAGAAAUUCAUUUCGAUUGCCUCUCGCCUCGAUGUGCUCAUUCUGAACGCCGGUAUCAUGGGCGGACCGGCAGCUACGACGAAAGAAGGAUAUGAGAUACGGUUCGGGACAAAUCACAUGGGUCAUGCCUUACUCUUCAAGCUUCUCACUCCGAUCUUGGAGAAGACUGCUUCAACUCCAGGCUCAGAUGUUCGAAUCUUGAGUCUCACGUCGACGGGAUACUCACACUCUCACUCAACCGGCAUCGAGUUCGAAACCUUGAAGUCAGAGCAAGAACACAUCAACAUAAUCACGAAAUACUGUCAAAGCAAACUUGCAAAUCUAUUGUAUGCGCAAGAGAUGGCGAAGCGAUAUCCUCAGUUCACGGCAGUGUCUCUUCAUCCAGGAGAAGUCAAGACGGAGCUGUUUACUCCUGAUGCAGGACUGUUGAUGCGGGUGAUAAAGACAAUAUACAUGCCGUUGGUUGGAGUCAGCGUGGAGGAGGGUGCGGAAAACUCGCUUUGGGCUGCAACAGCGAAGGGAGUCGUGACUGGAGAGUACUAUUUUCCUAUUGGGAAAGCAGGUACUGGGACUGGGUUUGCCAAGGAUGACAAAUUGGCAAAAAAGCUUUGGGAGUGGACUGAGAAGGAGUUGAAGGGACAGGACAUUUGA